AUGUCGGAAGAAAUACGAGAGCACGAUCUCACCGACGCUAAACCUUCUCAGCCGCAAUCGCCACAAAAACGGGGUCUCAUCAGUCGCAAGAGACAGCUCGUGUUUCUCUCCCUCAUGGUUUUACUCGCCGUAAAAGGACUCGUCGGGAUCUGGGAAAUAGCGUUUGUAAUAUUGUCUUAUAUCUACUUGUAUGAGUUCCUCUCCAGAUUUUCCUUCCCUCGCAAGCAAACAGAGCAGAAGAAGAGACUCUCAAACCCUAAAAACAAACUCUUUCAAGCUUACUUCCUUGCUACUGCCAUCAUCGGCCUGCUCUUCCCAAUUUGCUACAUCGGAGACGGAAUAUACCGGGGAGACAUUCACGGCGCAGGGGCCGCGGCUCCGCAUCUAUUCCUCCUCUCCGGUCAAGCCUUCACCGAACCAAUUGGUUUCUCCGACAAGUUUUCGACGCCGAUUGGUAUCCUCGGACCGGUUUUCUACAACGCUCGGCGAGUUUUCGCGCUUUUGGAUUGGGUUAAAGCCGAAUUCUCAGAUACUCAGCGUCCCGGUGGUCCGGUGAGGCUGUACGGAGGAAGAGCGAUUGCGUUGGUUAACACGGUGAUGUGGUUUUAUAAUCUGUUCGGUCUCUUGUUGCCAGUGUUUCUUCCCCGGUCUUGUGAGAUUUACUUCUCCGGCGAUAAUAAAGCAGAUUGA